AUGGUGUCUUUAAAAUUAUUGAGACGUUCAAUCUUUAUUACCAUAAUUCUAUUUUUAUGCUUAGGAGUAUAUUACAUUAAUAAAUUUCAUAGAGAAAAUUCUAUUCCAAUUAAAAACCGUUUUACCUCCGUUAUAUCAUCUAUAGACCUCGAAAAGGAACAAAAUCAAAAAUUUUUUAAAUUUAAUGCACUAUACAAUAAUUAUAUUAAGAAACACGAUGAAGCCGUUAAAAAAUUAUUGAAAUUGAAACAGUCUACUGUAUCUAAUUCAACAAAUCUUCCGAAAGUUGUUGUUGUAAAGCCUGAUAUGAAAACAGGAAUAGGAAAUCGAUUUCCUGGAAUAGUAUGUGGAUUUUUAUACUCAAUUAUUACUGAUAGGCUACUCUUUAUUGAUGGGUAUAAAGAUUUUACAGAUUACUUUGAGAAAGAUUUUGAACAUAACUGGGAAAAAGUUGCAAAUUUAUAUCAAAAUCGUAGUGUUAAAAGUUUGCAUAGUAUCAAGAAAAAUGAAUUUCCACUAAUAGCUAGAGGAAAUCUUAGUAGUGAAGAAGUAAAUUCUUAUGAUAUUUUACGUAUCCAUACAUGGGAUUAUGUAUGUGUACCAAUAAUGUCGAAUCCUAAUUAUAAAGAAUGGAUUAAAGAGAUAAUACCAGAUUAUAAAAUUUUCACUGUUAUUAGUCAAAAAUUAUUAAGAUUAAAAUUUGAUAUCAACAAACAAGUUGAAAAUUUUAUAACCAAUAAUUUUGGAGAGUAUAAUAUCGGAAUUCAUUUAAGAGUAAGGAAGAAAACUAAAAAAACUAAUAAAAUGAUAAUACCUAUAAAACAUUAUAGUCAAGUGGUGGAGAUGCUAUUAAUGGGGAUAGACAAAAAGAAUGUGACAGUCUUUAUAGCUGCUGAUACGAAUGAAAGUCGCAAUAACUUAAUAAAUUAUGUUCACAAAUCACUCGAUUCAGAUAACAAAAAAUUUGUUAAGAUUGUUCAUAUCAAUAAUGAUAUGAGCAUUGAAAAUCCAUAUAGCCAUUUUAAUCGUGGUACAGAAAUAGGCGCUCUUAUCGAUAUGAAGAUUCUUAGUUUUUGUGAUGAUCUGGUGCUUACAUAUGGCUCAACAUUCGGUUAUAUUGCAGCAGGAUGGUCUUAUAGAUCAUUACGUCGUUUAGGCCCAUUUGUUGUAAUGCCAGAGAGAAAGGAUGAAGAUAACUUUUCUUUGGAUAAAAUUUGGCUUUGGCAGGCCAGGUCAAAUGAACCAUGUAUGUACUUAGGUAAAGUGUUGAUGAAAACUUCUGAUCCAAAAACUGUCGAAGUAUUUAAAGAUAAUCCAUUUUGGAUGCAUUAUAGUCAAGGAUGUCCCUAA